GUUUCUCCUCCCAACAUGUUCUUCUUCUUCCCUAUGGAUCUUCAUCUCAAGAAAAAAAUCUUGUUGACUAUGUAAAGAAGAAUGUUGAGUGUGUAUUUCAGCUCAGGUCUCCAACCAUGACAACUCACACACACCACCCCAGGAAUUUUUAGCCACUCCACCGCUCUCCAAGUUUAGCUCUCAACUCUAAUCUCAACUCACAAAGAGGAAGAAGAAAGACUCUUGAUACACUCUCUCACACACCUCACUAUUAUCUUAUCCGCACUGCACUCGACACUCUCACUCACAAAGAGGAUUAUGAGUCUACCUCUCUUCAUCUUCUUCAUGUGUGUGAGUGCUCUGAGAGUUCUAGGGAGAGGUUUGAGAGGGUAGCUGGGUUUGGGUCUGGGUUCUGGUCUUUUUGGUGGUGGUUCCCGGUCCGGUAGGUCCUAUUUGUGGUGGUUGUGAGUUGUUACAGAACGUUCGGGUUCGUGUGACUGGAGACCUGAGUUGGAAGAUCUAUGAGCCUUACAAAGAACAAAAAAAGCUAAAGCUGUUUCCUUUCAUACCUUCAGGAAUUACAAGUGUAGUACUAUCCCAAUGUGAUAUAGUCACUAAAUGAAUGAAAUCCCAAAUUGUAUCUUCACAAGACAACUAUAAUUUCCGAGAAUGCUCAUACAUGGUAAAUGUCCAUGAUUUCUCGGUUAGAAUUUGACAGAAAGAGUCACUCAACCAAUUAAUCCCAACCUCUUUGAGUGAUAUAGAACAAUUAUAUUUUUCUUUCAAUUGGCUUAUUUGGAGACCAGAAGCUGUUAGAUUAAAGCGAAACAAUUUGUUUUCGAUUCUAAGGUAGUAUAAUCGCAAUUUGGACCUUCUAAUAGACUCAAAGGACUGAGUAUCAUUAUCUCUUGCUGCCGCUGCUGUUCCUGAGUUACGUUCCUCCAUAAUAGUUGUAGCCAAGUCUCAGCCCACUUCCAGAACGGAAGGUUCGCAUUCCAUCUCUUUCACCCGCCGAUUUCCAAUUCUGUUUGCAGUAGUUUCCAAUCGGCCGUCGACAAUUUGCCCACCAUGGCGGAGGAGGUGUUAGGUAUUUAAUUAAGGAUGAUAAUCAAACCUACUGAUCAGGAGGUUUUGAGAACUCUUCUUAAUAAUCAAACUCCUAGAAUUUUGAAUUCUAAACAUAUUUUGGAUAUUAAGGAUGAUUCUACUCUUACAACAAUGCAGAAGAAAUUGGUUUUUGACCCUAUUUUGGCAGAAAAAGCUUACUCCUCUGAGGGAGAAUCAAACAAAACCUUGAAGCCACUGCAAGAAUGGGAUGAAGAUUGGGAUGAUGUCUCUGCCAAAACCUUGAAACCACGUGUAUUUUGUUACUUUUGGAUGAUUCUUAAUAUAUACUCUCUCCGUCAAUAUGAUAGUAUAAUGUCACA